AUGUCGAUGGUUACUGAGAUCCCUACCGAUCCCUCUGGGGAGAAGAACCCCCGCAAUGAAUCCGCUCCGGUGCAGGACAUCCACCUGCUCGGGAAGGGCAGUCCCGGUGUUCGUCGCAUCGAGGUCAUCACUUCGCACUUCCGUUUGGUCGAUCGGGUCUUUCUGUUUCUUGCAAUCUUCUUGAUCGCAUAUGUAUACGGAUUGGAUGGAACUGUUCGCUACACAUACCAGCCAUAUGCUACCCAAAGCUACAGUGAGCACAGUCUACUUGCAACGAUCAAUGUGCUCCGAGCGGUUAUUGCUGCUGCUGCCCAGCCUACCGCCGCCAAGAUUGCCGAUGUGUUCGGCCGAGUGGAAUUGAUCAUUGUGUCGAUUGUGUUUUAUACCGUGGGAACCGUUGUUGAAACAUGCGCAACCAAUGUAUCUGCCUUUGCAGCGGGUGCUGUAAUCUACCAGAUUGGGUACACUAGUAUCAUGCUUCUGGUUGAGGUUUUGAUUGCCGAUGUGACAUCCUCUCGUUCUCGACUGUUGUUCUCUUACAUUCCGGCUCUCCCGUUCAUCAUCAACACUUGGAUCAGUGGCAACCUGACCGAGGCUGUUCUCAAGGUUACCACAUGGCAAUGGGGAAUUGGAAUGUUUGCCAUCAUCUACCCCAUCUGUGCUAUUCCCCUUGUUGCUGUUCUCUACAUUGUCCAGCGUCGCUCGAAAAAGGCUGGAUCCCUGGAGUCGUACAAAAGUUCGCUUGAGCUUUUGGGCGGACGGAAAAUGGCCAUAGAGCUUUUUUGGCACUUGGACGUUAUUGGUCUGGUUCUGAUGAUUGCCAUGCUGGCAUGCAUUCUGGUUCCGUUCACCCUUGCUGGUGGUGUGACCGCCCAGUGGAAGACCGCCAAGGUGAUUGCCCCACUCGUUAUUGGCUUCCUCCUUAUUCCUGUUUGGGUCUAUUGGGAAAAGACAUGCAAGCACCCCAUGUUGCCAUUCAAGCUUCUUCAAGACCGUGCCGUUUGGGGUGCGCUUGUAAUCCCCAUCUGGCUCAACACUGCUUGGUACCUGCAGGGAGACUUCCUAUACACAGUGCUGUAUGUCAGCUUCGACGAAUCCGUCCUCAGUGCAACUCGAAUCACAUCGCUGUAUAGCUUUGUUUCUGUCAUCACCGGUGUUAUCCUCGGCUUUAUCGUGAUCCGAGUCCGUCAGCUGAAGCCGUUCAUCGUGGCUGGAACCAUCCUGUUCACAGUCGCCUUUGGAAUAUUGAUUCACUUCCGUGGUGGUGCUUCAGGUUCAAGCCACUCUGGUGUCAUUGGUGCACAGGUGCUUUUGGGUAUUGCGGGUGGAAUGUUCCCCUACCCGGCCCAAGCCAGUAUUCAAGUUGCCUCUAGACACGAGAACCUCGCCGUCAUUACCGGUCUCUUCCUGGCAGCCUAUAAUAUCGGUAGUGCAUUUGGAAACACCAUUUCCGGCGCAAUCUGGAACCAAGUCCUGCCGGGCGAGCUCAUGAACAGACUCGGCAACGAGACCUUGGCUGCAUAUGUCUACGCCAAGCCACUCGAAUUUGCAGGCGUUAACCCCGUUGGCACUGCCGAUCGAGACAACGUCAUUCUUGCUUACCAACACACCCAGCGGCUUCUGUGCAUCACGGGUAUCUGUCUCACGGUGCCUUUGAUUGCCUUUUCUAUGGUGAUCCGUAACCCGAUUCUCACCAAGGAGCAGACGCUGGCCAAGGCGGAGGCGGAGAGUAGUGACUCUGAGUAA